AUGUCGACAUCAUCAUGGUCUACUCUUAUUGAAGAACUCCUGGAGUCGAUUUUCAAUCGGUUCGAAGACAGCAGAGAUGUUUUUCGAUGUGCGUUUGUAUGCGUUUCUUGGCGAGCGAUCGCUCUCAAGAUGUCUGGUAAGUUUAUUCCUCUUCGAUUGUCUGAUGGAAGGGGCGACACCAAGACUGCAUUUAAUAUCAAAACAAUGCAAACACAGAAAAUUCGAAUUCCAGAUUAUUUUUCAUACAUGCACUGCUCCACCAAUUAUGGUUGGAUCAUAAUAUUCACAGAUGCUGUGGAUUUCUACUACAAUCGUCCGCGUAAAAUUCAUCUGUUGAAUCUUUUUUCAAAAGCUAAAGUCAUGCUUCCUCCAACAAGUAACGAAAUAUAUAAAGCUGUUACGUCUACAUGUCCACUGAAUCCAGAGUGUUUGGUUCUUGUUGCAUACCCAUGUAAUUACAAUUAUGAGCACGAGUUAGCUUUUUGUAAGAUUGGAGAUGAAAACUGGACGACAUUGGAUAAAAGUUAUUUUAUGAGUCAAUUACCACUUCAUAUUGAUAGUCUUACCUGGUACAAACGAAAAUUCUAUGGUAUUGAUGGGGAUAAACGCCUUGUUGUAUCCAAUUUAGAUUCGAGGACGAUAGAAUUGUUAUACGAGGAACCGUUGAUUAUAGGGUUUAGAUAUUACUAUGCAUACUUGGUGGAGUCGUUGUUUGGUGAACUUUUGUUGAUUUUCAGCGAUCAAGGCCGAUAG